AAAGUAACGGUUACCACCGACAGGAAUACACAGCAGCCACAGCUCAGUCCUGACAACCAACCAAAUAAAAUCAUGACCAUGGGCAAGAUCAUCUUCUACGAGGACAGGAACUUCCAGGGUCGCCACUAUGAGACCAGCAGCGACUGCCCUGAGCUGACCUCCUACCUGAGCAGGUGCCACUCCUGCAGGGUGGAGAGCGGCUGCUUCAUGGUCUACGACCGCCCCAACUACAUGGGAAACCAGUACUUCAUGAGGAGGGGCGAGUACGCUGACUACAUGAGCAUGAUGGGAAUGUCAGACUGCAUCAGAUCUUGCCGUACGAUCCCCAUGCAUAGAGGAUCCUACAAGAUGAGGAUCUACGAGAGGGAGAACUUCGGUGGUCAGAUGCAUGAGCUGAGCGACGACUGCGAUAACAUCCAGGACCGUUACCGUAUGUCCGACUGCAUGUCCUGCAAUGUGAUGGACGGCCAGUGGCUGAUGUACGAGCAGCCCCACUACAGAGGCAAGCAGAUGUACCUGAGGCCUGGAGAGUACAGGAGCUUCAGGGACAUGGGCAUGAGCGGCAUGAGGUUCAUGAGCAUGAGGCGUAUCACAGAUUCCUGCAACUAAAUUAUUUACAAAAUUCCACUAAAUAAAAUCUUUCCACUCUGCUA